UGUCUCUUCCUUCUUCUCCCAGGCUAAAAGGGGGAGAGCGAAAUGACCCUCUCUCGUCUUCUUUUACCUAGAUUACGAUCAAGAAUCAACAUUUUAGAAUGUAGAAGAUGGUGUUCUUCAGUGAAUAAUAAGGGCGGAAUUUCGCAGUCAUUAAAGAAAUCAGAAGUGGAGCAGCAGAAUGCCAUGGCUGUGGAGAUAUUUGAAAAGAAGCAUAUUACUGAAGAUGAAGGAGUCUUUCCUAGAGAAACACAUGUCCAGAAGGAAGUAGGUGCAUGGAAUAAUUUGGUAGGCAUUCUUCAAAGAACUAAAAAGAAGUUUCUUGGAAAUCAUAUGGAACAGAAGAGCAGUAGCACUCAUGCAUUAGCUUCCACUUCUGAUCUUAAGGAUUCUGAUAAUGUUGUAUCUGCUGAUAGUCAUGAUAGCGGAAGUAAGAAUAACCUUAAGAUUACAAUUCAUUCAGAAAAGACAUCUGUAGCUGAUAAGGAAGAAAAUGUCGACAGUGAAACAUCUCAGUCUUCUUAUGCAGACAUGAGUGAACCUUUGGAGGUUGUUAAUAUGAAAAACACUUCAAAUUCUGCUGCGCCUGAAGAAUUAUUAAAUGUUUCCUCAAAAGAAUGUGAAGAAAUCGCUGGCCAAAGAGUAAAUGGCAUGUCUUCUGGUGCCUCAUCUAUCUGUGGAAAAGCCAAUUGCAAUGACGGUGUUCAACUUGGUAACAUUUGCCACCGUCCAGAGUUAGUUGAGAAAGAGAGAGAACCAUUGUUAGCUGAGGAAGCAUCAUCAAGUGUACAAAUCAGUUCUAGUGGAGAGAUCCUGUCAAAAUAUGAGGAAGACAUUAUGGAGUCGUGUAAAUUUUCGUCAAAGUUAAAACUAGAAAGGAGUGAUACCUCUGAUUCAUCUUGUGGCCCAGAGAGGGUGGCCAACUUACUAGAUGUUUCUCAGGAAAAGAGAAAUAAUGAAUCAGAGUUGGAGGGUAAGAAUGACCAAAUGCAAAAAGAGGAAGUAAUAUCAGAAAUUGUUUCAAUUUUGAAGAAGAAAGGAACAUCCAAUCUCGAGCAGGUUGCAUAUUCUAAUAGUUUCUUGCCGAGCGAAGCAACCAACAAAUGGCGGGAUGUUCUUGUUAAAAAAUCAGUUUUCUCUGCUAGUGAACACCGCCCAUCCGAAGACAUCUCUAGUCCUAUCUUAAUUUCUAAGUCCAAAAUGGAGGAAAUUUCAUCAGUAUCCAGUAAUUCUUUUCAGAUAAUGAGUUUAGGGGAUCACGACAUGGAGACUGAUCAUGGAGCAGGAGAUCAGAUUGUCUACCCAAAGAGUGAACAAUCUGUAUCUAGAGAGUUUGAGCAUCUUAAUGAAACUUCUCAGAAUACAUUCGGAAAGAGUGGUGUCAUAAAGAGCUUAAUAGAAUGUAUCAGCGAUCUGCCACCUCGGGAGCCAUCUGUUGUUAGGACUGAGGAAAAUGUUGUCGACAGAAGUGUUGACAGUUCUAGGGAAAGGACUGCAAAUAGCAGUAUUGAAGCAGAAACUGAUAAGCAGACAUUUGACAGGAAAGAAAGUAAGACUUCAUCUCCGGGUGUGGUUGGAAAGAAGGAAAAGAGUAGACGAUCUAACACAGUCCUCGAAUAUCUGAACAGUGGGGUUGAUUUCUGCAAGUCAAUAGAAACUAAGGGUGAGAAUGCCUCUUUUUCUGAAAAUUUAUCUGAUGAAAACAAAGUGACGGUAAAGUUUGUGAACUUAAAAGCUACAGAAAGUGAUGUCUCUAACGCUCUCAAGAAAUUUGGGGCUAUUAAGAAGGUUGUAUUCCCAAGUGUCAAAUCAACUAAAUUUAAAGUUGCACAUGUUUAUUUUGAGUCAGAAGAAGGAAGGCAAAAGGCUCUUGAAACGUCUGAUGUGAGCAUGGCGAAAGUAGUACUAGUUUUGGAGGCCACUUCUCCUCCGAAAGGGAAAGAGAGGAUGCGUAUACCUGAUUUAAUUGGCUGUCCAGACGUUCCUACCUCGUUAGUAAAGCAUCCCCCAAGGACAGCUAUGAUAAAAAAUUUGAAACACAAUGUGUCCUUUCAUGACAUUGAAAAAGCGCUCGCCUUCUGCAGAAGCAAUAUCACUGGAAUCUUCUUUGGUUCGUCAAGCUCUAUUGCUUAUGUGGAAUUUGAGACAGUUGAGGACAAAGAAAUUGCUGUUGAGAAGGCUUCUUUGAUUGUUCUUGGAGAAAGACUACCGAUCUUAAGAAUUGAUACACCAAGAACAACCACUAUAAGGAUAUCAAAUAUCCAUUUUCCACUGAGUAAACUGGUUUCCGUUUGCCGAUCUUUUGGAAAUGUUAGGGAAGUCCUCCAAAGAGCUAGCAACAUCGUAGAUGUGCGGUUCGAUUUUGCUGAAUGGCCAAGAAUGUUAAAGAUUUUAAACAGGCUGAACGGAGUUGAAGUAGAUGGUUGCCAGUUGGUCGCGAAGCCUGCACCUGUCUAUUCCCCUAAUGUCCUUAACGUUCUCUGGAGUCAACCGGAGGGGAGAAGACAUUUGAAAACCACGUUCAACGACAUGCUACUGAAAUUCGGGGGAAAAGGUGUGGGUGCAGUUGCUAUGACAGAAGUUGUAGACAACUUUUAUACUGAUGCACAAGAAAGAUAAUUAUUCUAUGUACAUUUAUAGAUGGUAAGGUAUGAUCUUAGCCAUAGUGGAAAAUCCCCAAAUCAUAGGACCACAGGUGAGGAUUGUUGUGGACAAGGACUUGCUUUACCCUGCUAUCUAUUACUAUAAGAGUAAACAAUGGCAACAACUACACUUUAGUCCCAAACAAGUUAGGGUCGGCUUUAUUAAUUCUCACUUCUUCAGCAGAAAUACCAGGAUGAGAAAAUGUGGGAUUGUAUAUUUGUUUGGUAAUUAAGGUUUUUAGGGAUGGCAUAUAGUAAUAGCUAUUUUUAAAUACCAGAAUCGAGCUUUGCAGCUCAUGUAUGCAAUGUAGAAGUUGUAACUUCUAACAUCAAUGUAAUGGCUAAUGUUUUUCUUUUUUCUUAUCUA